GUUUCCUGUAUGCGUUACUUACCUUGAAUGAAGAGUUGGCUUUCCUGACAGAUGGCGCGAACUCUAUCGGAAAUGACGUCAAAUAUUUGCUGGCAUGCAAAGGCGGAGCGAAUGGAUUAACUGAAAAUAUGGGAUAGAUCAUGAAAACGUGGAUAUGUUGUGAAAGUUAUUAAAGUGAAAAUUUUGCAAUGCAAAUUUCACAAUUCAGUGGAUGAAUUCUAAUGCUUAAAAUGGAUGGAAGUUACACGAGGGUGCUACUGGUUAGCGCAAAUGUGGGGUCUAUUUUUGAGGACCCAGAGCAUAUGUUAAAACUGUGGCUAAGGGAGUUCUUAAAAUGUGUUGCUCAUUAUGAACCAGAAUUUGUGGCCCUGCAUUGUCAGGAGGUGGGAGGAAAGAACUACGAGGCUUCAAUGCAGCAUGUCAACCAGUUUGUCAAGGCCAUGUUAGGUUGUGAAGAACUUCAGAAGUAUGACAGAGCUCGGGUGUUUCUGGAUGAAGAUUAUACUGCAGCAGACAAGUUUACAGCACUGGGAAACCUGUACUUCAUUCAUGAAAGCCUUGAGGAUGUGUCAAUAUGGGAUUUUGUGGAAUGCAAGUUCAUUGCUGUGGAAGGAAGAGAGGUCUUGUCAGGAAAUAUAGAGAAUGUUCAGAUUAAAGAGAAGGCCAAAUUUCCACAAGACUUUUUCCCUGAGUUCAAAUGGUCAAGGAAAGGUUUUAUACGAACGAGAUGGAAUAUCAAGAAUUGUUUGUUUGACUUGGUUAACAUUCAUCUGUUCCAUGACGCAUCAAACAUAGUGGCAAUGCAAAGAAGUCCCUCUGUGUACAGUGACAAUAGAAAGGCAGCAUUCCUACACACGCUUCAAAGAUUUGAACAAGACCAGUAUGAUAAAGUUCCUAUGUUUAUAUUUGGAGAUUUUAAUUUCCGACUUGACAUUAACCAGCUUGUACAGGAUUUAACAGCUAAAACCAACUCACAACAAAUAAAGGGCAAGAAAGACCAAAUAGCCAAAAUUGUUUACACAGAAGAGGGAAAUGGCAAGGUUGUUUUGACAGUAGAAACCAAAGGCUUUGACCACCAUGACAAACACUCAGAAGUUUUCUCAAAAAGGGCUAAAAGUUUACAUAGAUAUGAUGUUGAAAUGCAAUCCUACAAAGAGAAAGUGUCAGAAUUUGAAAUUUCCUUCCCUCCAAGCUAUCCUUUUUGUGAGGAUGUAAAUGACGGGGUGUCAUACAUGAAAACCAGAUGUCCCUCAUGGUGUGACAGAAUACUGUUGUCCCACAGUGCCAAAAAUAUCAUUGUCAAUGAUGACAAACACAAACCUAAGUAUGAUGUAAUAGGUCGAGAGACAUGUAUGGGUGACCACAAACCUGUAUAUUUAUUCUUGAACCUCAAGCGGAGUCAAGGUAAAGAAACUCUUUCCAAAUCCGACCUCAAACCACCUCUGUGUAGUACCCUGUCCAUAAAUGGGGAACCAGUUAAAGUGGAUGACAUUAAUGACAUAAACAUUCAUGACUACUCUACAUUUGCAAAUGAGCAAGCACUCCUUCCAGAAUUUAAAAACACUGUCCGGCUUAAACCUUCCCCACAAAAGCCCUCCAUUAAUUUCCUCUCUGAUGGCUCCCCCGUUAAGAGACGAUCCUCAUUUGUAGAAAUUGCAAAGCAAGUUGUUAGUAUGGAAAAAGUAUUACUUCAUUGGCCCCGACCUAGAACAAGGCCAAGAGCUAGACAUCAUAGCUCAUCUUCUGAAGACAUGAAUGACACAGAAACUGAAGAAGACUCUGAACAAGUUAAAGCCUCUCUAAAUUCUGACUCGGCUAGUACCAGUCAGUCAGAACUGUCCCCCUCCACUUCCCAAGAUACUAGCCCCAACAAACAUGUAACUGGUGGUGGCCCCAAUACAACUGCAGCUGUAGAGCAUGAUGAUGUUGUCUUGUCUAUUGUUUCUCCCAAUAAUUUGCAUGAGCAUGAUGGGUUUGUUAAGAAGGAACAUGAUGGGUGCACAGUAGAUGAACCUAAUGAAAAUUCGGCAUUGAUGAAAAAUGGAGAAGGGAAAGAAAGAAAUGUGGAGUCGGCCAGUUCUAGGAAGACUGUGUCCGUGUUCUUGUGUCUUGUUAUGAUCCUCCUGUUGACCAUUGUUUGGUGUUCCCCUACCGUGUCAGCCCCAGAACUACUUCAGUUGCCAACAGCAACAGAGGUCAUUAUUCCAAGCACCCAGGUCAAAAUCUCCCAUGUGGACACAACCAAAUACAUUCACAUUCGUCAACAGAAUGGGACGUCGACACGAGUGUUCAGAGAGACAUCCGUAUGACCAAAGUUUUACCAACUCCGUGAUAUAUUUGAUUCUAUCCAUACCUCAUUUAUGUUAAUCAUCACUAGAAAGGGUACCCCCUCCUAAUCGUCACUGAAGGGUACCCCCACCUAUCCAUAUCAGUUCUUGUAAUGACACAAUCGGCUAACUGUUUUAGAGCGUAUGUUAUUCAGCAGUCAUGUGAUUUAUUGCAGAAAACCGUAUUUUAUAAAUACAUGUAAGUAGUUAUUGAUGGUGCAAAACCAGGCAUCAAAAUGUCCUAUUGAUUGUUGUAUUACAUAUAUGGAGUCCCAAAUCAGAUAGAAUUAUAAUUAUCUGUAUUGUGUUUUGUUUGUGCGUCGAUGUAUCCUGUAGCUUGUUUGUGCUAACGUUAUAUCUAGUUGUCUUUCUGAACUUUAUAAACCAUGUAAAAAAGGAUUGUGUUGGCAUUGAGAAAUAUAAUAAUGUUAGAAUAUUUUUUGUUCCAUCUUUGGUGGUCUUAACAUCAAGGAUGGAAUUCAUAUAAUCUGUGUAAGGAUAUCAGAUGAUGAGUAUCAUUAUCUUUUUAGUAGUUUAUCGUACAGUCGGUAUUCUGUUUUCAGAGUAUGUAAAUCUCACAUAUCUUCAGAAAUUACAUGUCUGUAAGGAUUUAUAUUGUAGAUUAAACUAUACUGACCAGGGUUGAUAAUACAUAUGUGAACAUUUGUCCCUUAUACUUCCAGAGCUUGAUUAGAAUUCAUGUCAUAUUAAAUCUCAAUACUCACAUAUCCUUGUAUACUUUGUAAUUACAGCAAUUAAUUAGUAGUAGAUAGUCAAAAAUAAUUCUAAUAUCAAUACUCAUUAAUUACCUUCUUAUUCACAGAGUUAUCAGGAUAUGGACACAGUUCCAUAGAUAGAUACAAAAUGUGUGGGUCAAAUCAUUUUUUUCAGGGGUUUCGUCUUUUUUAUGUUUUGAAAACUCUGCUGUAUCAUGCAGGGAUAAAUUUUGUGUUCACUUUAUCUAUUUACCUACGCAUAAUACAUGGUGUAAAUAUUUCCUUUUUGUAUUUUCUUUUUUCCCAAAACCUCACUUUUUUUUUAAUCAGGCAAUGUAAAGCAGUUCCAUAUUGAGAGACCAAUGCUUUUUUUUAUGAAGGGAUUUUGGAAUGUCAGGUUUUUUUCAUAUUUUUUUUUUUUACUCUGCAUCAUGUUCAGUUAAGAUUUUUAUUAAGAAAUUCAAAUAUAUUCAAAGAGAGACUUUUUGUCAAAAGUUAGAGCAUUGAACCCAAUAAAGGUCCAUAAAAAAUUAAUUUUGCAUCUGAUAAUCAUGUUUAUACAAAGAAAUAAACAGAGGUUUACUUCUGGAUCUAAUUACAGUUGGAAUUACAAAAUAACAUUGGCUCAAUGGAGGUUUUUACUGGAUAGUCAAAAUUGUUAACAAUUUUCAGAAUUCUUAUUAAAGUUCAGAAAUCCCAGAAUUCAUUAGUUUGACACAGAGGUGAAGUUACCAUGACAUUUAUCAAAAAGUGUGAGUCCAGGUGUAUUUGAACCAGUUUGAAUUUAAACUUUGUAAAUUAAAUGAUUUUAAUUGAUAUAUUUAACUGCAGAUGUACACGUAGAAUCUAUAUAAGGCUUCAUUCUCCAUUAUCAGUCCUUAUUGUGCUAGAUAUAUGUAUUAUAAAUGAAUUCAUGGUAAGCAAUAUAAAUGCUCUUCAUUUUCACACAUCCAGUAUCCAAAACCAAUUCCGUUGUGUUUUUAAACUUAUACAAAAUGUAAAUGUUUUCAAUAAUUAUAUGGAUCUGAAAUACUGAAGAUAAUGUUAUUAGUAUUUUGUUGAAAUUUAAAUAUAAUUGAUAUAUGAUCACAAAGUGAAAGUAUAGCCAGAUAGUCAAUAGUCAUAUUAAUGGCACAACUCUAAGAAUUUACCAGUUCAUAUCCAGUUUUAGGAAUGAAGAGUUAUCUUUCUUUGGCAAUUAUUGUAAAUGAUUUAUCCGUCCACAUAAAAAAGUUAAAAGAUUGAAUUUUGUUUAUUUGAUGUGAAAUAAAUAAAGUCAGACACAAAUAUUAACAGUUCAAUUAGUAUUUCCCAGAUGAUCUCUUGGCUUACCUCAUUAUACUCGAGUUUUUAUCUGAAUUAGUUACGUACAUGACUGGACUUUUACCUUCAAUAGUAAAAUAAAAAUAUAACUGCGUCCAUUUGAUGUGUCUUUGCACAUUUGGAAAAAAAGCUAGAUCAUGACACAUGUAGACCAGUGCUGUAUAUUUUCAGUUUUCUUUACCAACUAAAAAAAAAGAUUGUAUUAAAUAACAGUGAAAUAUUGUAAUCAUAUUAUGGAUUAUGAAAUGGGUCUAUGCAAUAUUGGACAGAUUGGUGUUUAUUAGUGCUUUACACUGAGUGUUUGUGUACUGGGCUUAACAUGUUCAUGUUGUGUUGUUCUUUUUUUCCAUAGUUAAUGUAAAAAUUCUAAUUUUCAUUAAUAUAUUGUUGAAAAAACCCUGUAAAUUAAAACCAUACUUUAUAAUAGAUUAUCUUUUAUGUACCUAAAUUGUAUAUGAAUAAAAAACAAAACCUUAUUUAAA